AUGAAUACCAAAUCAAGUAGCAUAAUCAGAACAUCAAGUAAAAACAAGUAAAAGUAGCAUUUCUAGUUUAAAACUGAAUCAUCAAAUCAAAUAUUAAUUACUGAUACUUCAAUUGGACCUUCAACUAGCAACCACCCUUCAAAAAAGCAAAAUAUUUAUUCCAAACCAUUGCCUAAAGAUAAGAGAUUGAAAAACGCUAUUAUUCAUAAAAUCUAGGAUUAAUAGUCAGACAACUCUUUAGACCAGCCCAAUUUAAACUUAAAUUGUCUUAUCUCAAAGGAUGACACAAAUAAAGAUGACGUUUCUAUGAUUCAAGCAUUCAAUGAGAUAGACUAAGAUUCUAACAUUAAUAAUAAUUCUCUAUCUUAAAUGCCGUAGGAUGUCAAGAUGGAAAAUAUUGAUGAUGAUUUUUUCUUAAGCGAAAAUUAAGAUCAAGAAGUCAACAAGUCAGGGCAUGUUCAAGAUGUUGGUGCAAUAGAGAUCAGUCAUCUAAAUAACGAUCUCCAAGAUAGCAACUUCGUAAAUCAUAAUGAUUCUAAUCCUAUUCAGAAUACCUCCUCGAGUCAUUUAAAUAAGUCAAGCUUGAGUGAAUCCUCAAUCUUAAUCAUGAAUGAAGGAGCAAGUGGUGAUCAUGAUCAUUUGCCAUCAAGUCCUAAGAGCUAACUUUCUCCAGAAAGCAAUAAUAAACAGAGGUACAAUGUCAGCAAGUUUACCUCACAGAGACAUAACACCAAUAUUUCUCAUUCCGCUUAGAAAGCUAAAACCAAUUAGCAAGAUAAUCAGUAAUCUUAAAGUGUACCAACUGAGUAUAGAUCUAAUAUGUAGAAAGCAAAGACUGGGAAGUUAUUUGAUGAGGGAACUCUCUCAGACUUCAACUAAGUUAUCCAAGAUUAAGAAUUGAAAUAGGUAUUGCUAAAACAAAUGAAUGAUAUUGAUAGAUAGUUGUUAGUCGAACAGUCAAAGCGAAUGAAAGUGGAAAGAAAAAUGAGACAGAUGGAAUAAGAAAAUAUCUAGAUAAGAACAAUGCUGAAUUACCUAUUAAAUGUACAAUUCCAAAAUGCUUGA